UGUCAUUUGGCAGAAAGGGAGGCUGAGCUAACGGCAGGCACACACGGGUGGAAAGCAUAACAAUAACGUUACCGCUUUGCCGUCCACAUCGGGACUUUGUAACGUUAACGGCUCCUCGGGAUUUAAAUACGCAGCGUUAAAUACCGUCUGCUCACGUGGUCCGAGGAAGAAGAAGAAGAGGAGGAGGAGGUGAAGCUAACGGACUGAGAGUACCAGAUGCUAUUCCAGCGGAGAAGGAGAACGGGCUCGAAUAAGCAAGAGAGGGUGAUGGGUUCUCGUUUCCCUGACGGCUAACGUUAGAGCUCCGCUAGAAACACGGACACCGCGAAGUGAGGGGAACUUGGUUUGCUUCUUCUCGGCCUCCGUCUGUGUGACAUUGUGUCUGAAAUGCUAGCGCAGUUGCGGUCUCGGCCGUCGAGCAGCCUCUGGGCCGCAGCUCGGCACACCGAGCCCGAAUCUGGGAACUAGCUAGCUAGCUACCUGCUAGCCGCAGCUGUACCCGAUGCUGCUGUUGCGGCGGCUGCUGCUGCUAAACGGAUCCGAGAGACAACACAAGCAGUUCAGGGCCCCGGCGCAGAGUGAGCUAUAGUUUUACCGUACUGGACUACAACGGACAUUUGAGAUGUGAUGCUUUUGUGUGUCGUUUGUGAGCCUUUUGUAGCUGGACGCUCUCGCCUGCUUGACGCGAAGGAGCUAACAUUGCUGCAAAAUGCACAGCAGAACCACAACAGCAGGCUCCUGUUGAAGGGGGCGAGGUUAGACUGAUAACAGCCCAACCUGUGUCUCAACACACUUUGGACAACGAGCAGCACAUUUUUCCACGUUACUCAAACGCGUCGUCAGCUGGCGAUAUGGAUAAACUAACGAUCAUUUCAGGGUGCCUGUUUCUGGCAGCAGAUAUCUUUGCAAUAGCCAGCAUUGCAAACCCAGACUGGAUCAACACUGGUGAAUCAGCAGGUGCCCUUACAGUCGGUCUAGUCCGGCAAUGCCAGACCAUCCACGGACGAGACCGGACCUGUAUUCCACCUCGGCUGCCCCCAGAGUGGGUCACCACGCUUUUCUUCAUCAUCAUGGGCAUCAUCUCCCUCACAGUCACCUGUGGACUACUCGUGGCAUCACACUGGCGCCGAGAAGCCACCAAAUACGCCCGCUGGAUCGCCUUCACUGGUAUGAUCCUCUUCUGCAUGGCGGCGCUCAUCUUCCCCAUAGGCUUCUAUAUCAACGAGGUGGGAGGCCAGCCGUACAAGCUGCCCAACAACACAGUGGUCGGUUCCUCGUACGUGCUCUUUGUCCUCUCCAUCUUCUUCACCAUAGUGGGACUUUUGUUUGCAGGCAAAGUUUGCCUCCCAGGCUGAGGACUCGACCGUGCCCGCCUCUGGACUGACAUAAGAGGCUCUGAAAAUUUCAUGGGAUUUACAAAAACACACAGUGACUGAAAAUCAAAAACAACAAACUCUGGCCCGAAGCCUGAAACAGGGGAGUCUUUGAAUAUGUGUCAAGGGACCGCAGCACCACGGAGUACCUAACGACUAAAAAAUGAAAACGAACAAAACACUAAGAGGAGGGACACGGGGCACAAGCGGGGGUGAGAGGGAGAAAGGGCAGCAGAGGCAGUCGCAGCACCCUGCCACUGUUGAUUUAAAAUACAGCUGUCUCUGUUGUUGUUCCUUUGUAAAAGGGUGCUUAAUGUGCUGCUGUCAUGGCAACUGCAGCCACAAUGCUGGCGCACAUUUCUUGAGGACCACUGCAGCCACUCCUCGACUUGACCCCCGGCCGCCCGCUGCACCGCCCUCGGCACACAUCUGCGCCGUCACGACUGCUCCUGUUGCUAUUUUUGGCUUCUCUUAGCUAUUUCAGUUGUGUGUUUUUCUGUUGUUGUACAUUUUGUGUUCUUUUUUUGUUGUUAUUUUCUCCUCCCACCCCCACCACGCCUCCCCACCCACCAACGCCUUUCCACUGAAGUAGCUUGAGUGUAAUUGAGGUUCACUGAACUGAAUCCUUGAGGGGAACUGGGUGGUUUUCUGCCAGCUUGGCUUUAGAGCGGGGUUUAUUCUUGCCUGUCACUUCAGGAGGCCCCAGGUGUGUGGCUGGGGAGAGCAGCUGUGAACACAGCUGCCUGGGCCAGCUCAUGGGCUGCUGUGGACGAGAGGAAGGUGCAGGUGUGCUGCCUCCAACCAGCUGCAGCUCAGGUGCAGGUAGCAGUGAGGGGCAACUUCCCUGGGCAGCAGAACAGGAGGUCAAGUACCAUAAAGGAGAAUGCCACUCAAUGUAAGUUGAGUUGCAUUAUGUUAUUUAUAUGGACAGCAACAGAGUAUUAGUGAGCUACUUUGCUAAGCUAAACCCAUGACACUGAUACACAUCUUUUGCCAAUAACUAGAAGACUGUGAAUUUAGAGAAUAAUCAUCUGAACAUAAACACACCUCCUGUAUUUGUAGUAAUAGCUCGGUUAAGUACAGCCACAAACAUAGUGGCCUUUUCAAAGUAUUUUUCAAAGGUGUUACAUCACUGUGGUGUUAUAUUUUCGAGGAGUUGUGAUGAACUCAUAUAUCUGUAAUUAUAGCAGACAGUACUGACUUUUUAUAAAUAGAAGAUGAGGUCACAUUAAGGUGUAACAAUAACAUAUGUGAAUGCUGAAAAUUGGUGGUAUUCUCCUUUAAUGUCGAAUAGGAAGGAAGUGAGCCAGGAGCAAUUUUUGUUUUGUACAACAGUGGAGGCACAGGGACUGCAGGUCAGGUCCAUGCUUGGGGCUGCGCCUCAGUGUGUUGCUCUCGAGUGAAUGUGAAACACACACACACACACACACACACACACACACACACACACAAAGAGCCACCACUCUCUGCACGGUGUAAAUCCACACAUUGGGGCUUUUCAUUGUUGAAAAUAGUGAAAAUUUGCCUAUUAGACAUUCAUAGAGCCAAAGGUGAUGUCUUCAAAUUGCUUAUUUUGUCACAAGGCCAGCUUUUAACUUAAGAUCAGUGUGACCCUUAAGACCCUUAAAACCAUGCUUUACUCGGCUCAACAAAACUUUUCAGCUAACUUGCCUCCAUCAAGGUUGUGUCCAAGGUUAAUUUUGGUUUGGGCAUAAUCAUGCUCUGAUCUCAAGAUAAUAAAAAAAAAUGCCUUUAUUAUCCUUUUAGAUAUCAUCGCCGGACAUUUUGUGCAACUAUCUAUAAACUCAAUUUCUUCUUCUUCUUAUGUCAAAAUCCAAUCAUGUUUUCUUCCUGUAAAACAAAAUGUGACGUGUGCCUAAGUUAGCUUGUACCAAACCGAUUUAAACCAAUAUCAUCCUCCCAUCAAUCAGUCAGCAACUUUUAGUCGCACAGAGCUGGUUAGCUAGCGAGCAACAACAUACUACGGCUGCUACUUGGUUAUGGGUUGCGGGCUGGAAUUUAUUCCUUUGAGGAAAGGGAUAUCUGCGACAGCUCCAGAUUAUGCGCGAGGCAUUUUGCAGUGGACUGCUUCAGCAACUAACAGAACAAACGAUGCUCUUCAGCAUCUGACUCCCUGACAGAUGCUACCACCCCGUCUGUGUACAGCGUCAGGACACACCCACUUUGCAAUGAUCAUUUUCAAAACAGCCUAGCUGAGGUCUAAUUUGGACAUUCAUUCAUCUAAUUAAUUCAUUGAUCCAUCUCUUCUUUGCCCCCCUCUGGUAAAGGAGGUGUGUGCACUCCACUGCAGUUCCAGUAAACUCUGUAACACCGUUUCCUAACAGCAAACAAGCGUCUAACUACUGCUACACAUCGUGUAACAUCAAAAUUUCUCUGUCCAGAUUGAAUCCGUUAAAUAUGGAACUCUGUUACAUCAUGUAAACAAACUACUUACCUUUCAGCUGUGCGCAGAUGUAACCACUGAAAAGAUGGGUGAGUACAUACUUAUUUAUUCAUAUUCACAACACGACUGUCACGGGUUAGAUGGCAUUGUCAUAGCUACCAUGCUAUAUCAUGCCACCAUAUCCACUUUAUAAAAUAAGCUAGCUUAAUAGAAAGCUCUUCUUUUUUGCUGGAAAAUAAGGAGGUAUCAUAUUGAUAACUCCUCAUUUCAACCUUGUGAAUCAGCCGUUCCUUGUCCAUUGCGGCGCUUUCUACGAGAGGGACAGGAAUGAAAUAGAAGCAGGGCGUGUUGUUUAUGUUUAGGUCAAAAUGGUGCACUGCAUCGAGGGCAGGAUAUUCCAAUAAAAACAAUGCAAUCAAGUGUGUGGCAUCCAGUUAGGACACGUCCACCCACAUUUAAGCAUCCAGUGAAAUACAAAGGAUUUGAUUUAAAUCCCUCUUGUAACUGUAUACUGAUCAAAUAUUCUGUUUCACUGAGAAAUACAUCACAGUACAGAACAUAGAGACGCUCUAACUUUUCACUGAGACUUCAAGUUUUAGAACUACAGAUCCCAUAAUGUGGAGAACUGAAGGGAUGUAAACAGGAAGAAGGAGGCAGUGAGUUAUGCUGUGUGUGUUGAAAGCCUAUAUUUGAAAUUGGCACCAUUAAAAGUAUGCCAAAUUAGAUAUUCUUUUUUGCAAUGUCCUUGUAGAUAUACAGACAACUAUCACUGGAUUACUUUAAUACAGAAGAAAACUGAAAACAUGAUUAUUCUCAGGCAAGUUCUGGAGCUGAAAAGAGAGUCGCUGGAGUUUUCUGAUGAUUUCUAAGCUGAUUCAUGGCCGUUUAUUCACAGAUGAUUAUUAAAAGCCUCUCGUCUAUACAGAGCACCAAAUUCUGUAUUUGUUCACCUUAUUUUUCAAACUCAUUAUUCAAAAUAAUGAGUCAAACCUCUUUCAUCUCGGAAAUGAGUUGGGUUUAUUUUACUGGGACCUUAACACAGCCUUCCCUGAACCAAAUUAUAUUAUACAGAUUUACAAUCCAUCAUCAAAAUUGUUGCAGAUUAAUUUUAUUUUGAUCGCUCCUCCACAUGUAUGAAAAAAUAACCCACAUAUAAGCUUCUACUUAACAUGUUUACGCGUAACAGUGUGGGGAGCAUAUGACCUACUGACACACAGAUCUUCUCUGCAAAGUGUGUGUGUGUGUGUGUGUGUGUGUGUGUGUGUGUGUGUUGACUCAAUCACAGAGCUCAGUCGCAAAGUCUUACAGUUUUCUUUUUGUUUUGUAUUUCUGUUUCCUGCUCAGCUUUUCUCCCUCUCGGUCUGACGAUGUAUACUGCUAACUCUCCAUUCUGCAGUGCCCUCCCUGUCCUGGUUGGUUCAGUAUUGUGCCAUGACCUGUUUUUGUUUAAUAAUGUACAGACACACAAAAGGCAGGAUUUCUGUAUUAGGAAGCACUGUGCAUUCAACAGUAUAGGUAACAGAAAUAGAAGCACCACAAAUGUAUAAAAAAAGAGAACUUCUUACCUCAUUGUUUUUGUUUCUGCUAUUAUUUUCUAAUGGUGGCAAUGUGUGCCCUCUAAUUUGUCUCUUGCCUUGAUCGGAUGUCUUCACAUAAAGCCUAUGAUCAUAGGAAAUUAUUUAUCACUGAAUAAAAAGAGGAAAAAAA